AGGAUUCAGGAGUGAAGCAGAUGUGUGGCUUUCUUGAGAGUCCAGAAUGUGCACUUGAAACUCUGAGAUUAAAGGACUGUGGUUUGUCAAAGAUCAGCUGUGAUUAUCUGGCAGCAGCGCUGAAGUCCAACCCCUCCCAUCUGAGAAAGCUGGACCUGAGUGGAAACUACCUGAAGGAUCCAGAUGUGAAGCAGCUGUGUGAUCUUCAGCAGAGUCCAGACUACAGACUGGAGUAUCUGCUGUGGAGGUGAUGAUGUUAAACAGGACGGUGUGUGUG